CAACAGCAGCAGGAAACGUAUGAAUAACACAUGCAUUAGCAACAACAACGAUAAAAACAGCAAAAGUCAUUGUUGCAAUAGCAGCAGCAGCAGCAACAUAAGCGAAAACAACGUCCAUUGCCUCAACGACAGCAGAAAUACCACAGGCAGCAAAAAUAGCAGUUAUAACAACGACAACAACAACAACAACAACAACGAUAACGAGAAUAACGAACGUGAGGAAAUUAUCAAAAGUAAAUAAAGGGAAAAAAGUUGCUGAGAAAUAUUCAUGCUGAUUCAUUACGCAUGCGUGAAAAUGUUUUAUGAAAAGCGCUGUAUUCCUCGGCGAAGGCGGUGAGUUUAACUUUCAUCCCAGGACAGAAGUUGUGGAACUCGUUGCCGAUUCAAUAGCAAGAGUUUGAAGAGUUAAACUUAUUGUUUCGGAGCAAACCAGGAAAAAGAAAAGAGAGUGAAAAUAAAGAAGAAGAACACUAAGCCAUCCAACUGGUCUUAUGAUCCAGCAUGGGAUCGAAACGUCGCCGUUUGUCCUUACUGACCCUCACACUUGCUUCAAUGACAGUGGUAACUCUCUCCAUAAGCCUUUCCACAGAUUUCUGGAUAUACGUGAAAGAGCCUCUCGUUAUCGACCCAAAGACAGAAAUGGUGGUUGAGUACCGAUUUAGCAGGAUGGGGUUAUGGAGGAAAUGUUCGCUUGGCCUCAUGCUUAAUGCGCCACUUGUGAUGUUUUGUGCACGGGCAUAAUACAGUAAUGUUGUCACAAUGGAAACGCCCCACAUCCCGGCUGGUUGUCCAACCACACGUAUUGAACCAAAACAAAAUAAGACGGCAUAUUGUCAAAGAAUUGUGAACCGUGAAAAACAUGUGGUAGGAAGGUUAAACAAAACUGUAGGAGAUCUUGUAGCAGGACUUACCUUGGUAGCUGGAUUGAUAAUGUUCAUCUCAGCCGUCAAUGACGAAGUAUCACAUCUACCUGCCGCCAACCAACCACACCCAACAAUCACCUACUCAUUUGCUUGGUCGUUUUUCCUAGCAGGAUUGAGCUUCUUUUUGGCAGAAGGCACAGGUGUUGCAGGAAUAUACUUAUUUUUCCGUCGGAACUCCAGUCUCGAUGACAUGAUCCAAAUUAUUCCCGGAUUGGAAGAGAAAAUUCCACCAGAGCAACGUAAAGCGAAAAACGUUGGUUACCCAAAUUUCAACAUUAUAUCAUGAUACUUGGUUGGUCAUAAGCGACAAUGUUGUGCUGUUAUUUCCACUAUUUAAACAGAAUUCUACAGAAAAUAAUUAUCAGCUUUGAAUCCAUGAUGAGCCUCUAAUCCUGACUAUAAACUUUAUUCAUCUUCAUUUCUACUUCAUUUUAUCAUCAAUGCCGUGAACAUUGACGACAUGAAAGCCAGACAAUCUUAAUUCUCUUCUCGAUAUUAAUUUGAGACCAGAACCCAUCGGAAUCGGAAUAACAAAAUAUAUCAGUCCCGCUAAAAAUAAUUAUCAGGUUCAGUUCCGUGAUGCGGUUUCUAUUCCGGAUUAAGAACUAUGUUUUUUUACAAACUUUCUUUGCCUACUUCACUAAAUAUUUACUGCAUUUAUUAAUGAGGACAGCCAUGAAAGCUAGAGAAUCUUAAUUCCAUGUCCACUAUCAAUUUGAGAUCGUGAACAUAUAUACAAAGAGUAAAGAAAGAUAUCAAAGAACGUUAUAUGUGUAAAAUAAACAUAGAUAGUGGAAAAUAAGAGAAAAGAGGUUGGCCUAUUCAUCUAUGUUUGACUGAUAUUGAUAAUAGAUGAGAAAUAGAGAAUUACAACGUUUUCUACAUAAUAUUUAUAAUAUCUUGAUGGUUUGUUAGCUGAAACAGCAGGAUAAUUGCAAUAUCGGCAGCAACCACAAUAAAAACAAUCGAGAACAUUUGCUAUAACAAUAACAAAAAGACAAAAACUACAGCAACAAUAAAUAUGGCAGCUGAAGAAGAGAUAUGUGGUGCCUUGAGUAAUGUCAAAUAUACGUUAUUGGUGAGGUGUUUUAAAUAUUUUUUUAAAAUUCUGGGUAUGGAGGAAGAGUUAGUGACCGUAGCCUUUGUACACCCUUCGAGACUGAUGGAAUUGAUUCCAUUAAUGUUCCUUUAGAAAUAUUGUAAGUCAACAUUUGCAGGAAACACAUUAACUUUGUGGAAGUUCCAGAAAGCCGACGAUAUGAGACGAAGAAAUAGGGUAUAUUAUUUAGUAUAGGACCUUGGUUGGGCACGGCAAGGCUGAUGAGAGGCGAGAUGACUGAAGUGUCUAAAUGGUAAUAGCAUUUGUGUAGCUAACUUCGGGGAGCAAACGCCGAUAUAGCAGCGAGGAAAAGACACAGAGAGAGAGAGAGAGAAGAGAACACGCCUAUGUCAGCGGCUUGCGAUUGCUUAUGAGUAACUUUAUGUUAAUUAACCAGGUAACUUUUGUCUAGAUGGUCUAUGACGACUGUGUGUGCAGCAGCAGUACCAUAUCUGAUGUGAGAGCAACACCAUUUUGGACUUCACAUAAGCUUUGUGGGGUGUCAAUAAUUGUUAGGGAUGAAGUAGUUUCUGGUCCUGAAGAAAAGAACUAGUCGUUGAAAUGUGGUCCUAGCUAUGACAGGCAUGUGCUUUCGCCAAGUAAGUUCCAUGGUGACAGAGAGGCCUUAAAUUAGGAGCGAUUGUGAUAGAUUCGGUUUCAUGUUGCUCAAGUUUAACAGAUGAUGGUGCUGGUGCAACGAUAUUUUCUUGAUACGUGUAGCGUCCAUACCGUUUUUUUAUUAAAAGAAAUAAAAUUGACGUAUACUCACUGGAGAAUCCUUUCGAGGCCCGUGUAAAUAGAAUCAAAGCUUUGGUUUUGUGUACAUUACCUGGGUUAAUAUUUCGAACCAACACUACCACCACUGACAACAACAAUAACAAUAACAAUAAAAAAUAAUAAAAGAAAUAACAAGAAGAAUCAAGACAUCUCACAUUAAGAAAACUUACAUAUAACAUAUGUAAUGUGGUACCAUUAUUUU